AUGAUUCAUCUCCGGCGGAGUCUGAUUCUAUUUGGGAUUCUAGUUCUGUGGAUCCAGUGUACAAACGCGGAGUCAGAAUGUGAAGAAAAAGAAACAGAGUAUCCAUCUAGGUAUCCAAUUGCUUAUUUCGAAUGGGAAAAUGUGAAAAUUCCAAUGACAAUUUGUCUGUGGCUUAUUGGAUCAUCCAUUGCAAAAAUUAUUUUCAACCUGAUCCCUCAUCUGAACGAAUUGUUCCCUGACUCUGCUCUGCUUAUCAUGAUCGGACUGAUUAUCGGAAUCAUUUUCAAAUUGAUUGGAGUACAAAAGAACGCAUUCUUCUUGGAAAGCGAAGUAUUCAUGCUUUAUCUUCUACCUCCUCUUGUCUUCGAUGCUGGAUAUUUCAUGCCCGCAAGACAGUUUUUUGAUAAUUUUGGAUCGAUUCUCUGUUUUGCAAUGAUUGGAACUACGUUCAACAUCGUUGCUAUUGCUCUCUCCCUCUGGGCAAUCGGAUUGACGGGAUUGUUCUCUGUCGAAACACCUCUUAUCCAUAUGCUUCUUUUUGGUUCGGUUGCUGCAGACGUCGACCCAGUGGCGGUAAUUGUCAUUUUCGAGGAACUAAAAGUUAACGAAGUACUUUUUAUUGCCGUGUUCGGAGAGUCUCUUUUGAACGAUGGAGUUGCUGUCGUACUGUAUCGAAUGUUCUUGACUUUCUCUGAAAUUGGAACUGAGAAUCUUAUCACUUCUGACUACAUCAAUGGAGGUGUUUCCUUCCUUGUUGUCGCCUUCGGUGGAAUUGGAAUCGGACUUCUCUUCGCUUUCCUUGCCAGUCUUCUUACCAAAUAUUCUCGUGGAGAUGAAAUCAAAGUUCUCAAUUCUGUCUUCAUUCUUAUUCUCCCAUAUACUUGCUACCUUUGCGGAGAGCUUUUCGGUCUUUCCAGUAUUAUGGCUAUUGUAUUCUGUGGUGCUGCCAUGCGUCAGUACUGUCGUGAAAACGUGGAUCCUGGAACCGUUCAAGCAACAGAAUCAUUCAUCAAAGUGCUCUCGCUUGCUUCUGAAACGGUCAUUUUCGUAUUCCUUGGUCUUUCUACAGUAUCUUCCAACCACCAUUGGGAUACUUCGUUCGUAGUACUCACUGUAGUUUUCUGCCUGAUCUACCGUACUCUUGGAGUUGUAGUCAUGUGCUACUUCUUGAAUAAGUACCGUUUGAAUAAGUACACCAAGGUCAGAAUAGAACAUUACGACCUAACAAAACUGAAAUUUUUUAGGUCGAUCAGUUUAUCAUGGCCUACGGAGGUCUUCGUGGUGCUAUUGCAUACGGUCUUGUUGUGGCUAUUCCAGAUUUCAUACCUGCGAAGAAUAUGUUUGUCACUAGUUGUAUUAUUGUCAUUUAUUUCACCGUCUUCCUCCAGAUUGAAAAAAACACAUUUUCAGGGAAUCACUUUGAAACCAAUUGCCGAGUUCCUCCAAGUAGAGAAGAAAAAUGUUCAUUCAAAGAACAUGAUUGAGCACAUUUAUAGUGAACUCAUCGAUACAACUAUGGCUGGAAUGGAAGACAUCGCUGGGUUCAAGGGACAUCACUGGAUUCGUGAUUCGUGGAACUCUUUGAACAAUGACUAUUUGCGACCAAUUUUGGUUAACCAGACCAACAUGAAAGAAAUGGACAAGACCAAAUUGGUCCGGAAAUACAAGCACUUGGUUGAUGAAGACGCUAAGAAAAUUGCUCGUGGUGAUUUGAACAGCAACUUGGUAUUCACAAAGGCACUUAUCGAACACACACGGAGUAGAACUAACACAGUAAUCGAGGGUGUUACUCCAACUGGAAAGGUUGACUUUGGAAAGCACAUGAAGGAGCAUCACGGUAUUACAGUUUAUGACGACCAUGACAAUGUUCCCAUGACUCCAACACACAUCUUCCAAGAAACAUCAGAAGUGGAAUACUCUGUGACAACUGAACAUCUGGAAAGUGGAGGUGCUGAGAACGACGGAUACGAAUCGGACGAAUCAAGUCAUUUCCACGAGAGAAUAUAG